CGUACGUCUUUGCCGUCGAGGCAUCUGGUAUAUUUUACGUUUACGUGUAAUAUCGUCGACGAACUAUUUACAAUAUGUAUGCCUUAUGUCAUUCUCACGUGGCGAUGACAGUUACUUGACAGUUAUUCGAAACGCAGAAAAUUGACCGGUAACGAUAGAAGCAGGAAUACGAACAACGAACCAUACGAAAGGUUAACAAUUCGAUCCGUUCGAUCUUCGACGCGGCGUAAACUCUUUGCGACUAUCGAAAAUCGCGACUGUGAAACGAAAUGCAAAUGCCAAUCAAUAAGUAAAACGGCAAUUUAAAGCUGGAACGGCACGCGACCUGCACAAUAACUCUGAGCAGAUAACAUCGGACAUGCUCAUUUGCGACGACCUACACGAGAGGGCAAAUUAAAAUAAAUAAAAAAAACACGUGCCUCUCAAGUACGCACAUCAUGUAUACUCGAUUCACCAACGAUUACUGUACACACGUGUGCACAACAAUCGGAGAUAUAUGGAUGAAUAAGAAAAGGUCUGCUAUACAAUUUCACUUUUUGUGGCCGAACGACAGAAUGCGACCGUACUCCAAAUUUCUCUUCAGGUUCAAACGAUUCAAAUUACCCGCCACGUGCUACGCGCAGCUCAACGUCCCCGUAGCUAUAGCCGUAACCUCUGUUUACUCACCGCGCUCAAUCCAUCUCGUUGCCGCUAGCUUUUCAAAUCUUUUCUCUUUCGAAUGUUCGAAACUGCAAGCAAUUUGAUUCUUUACACAGCGAGGCAGAAAGCUUCCAUACGGAUCUGGGACGGAUCGAAUUAAACGUCCUUGUGCAGGAUACGCGAAACAACCUCUAAACGCGUGCCCCACGACUAGCAUGAUUAACGAGCACGCGUAGAGAUGUUUCGCCGCGAUUAUCGAUGUUCGCUCCGUUGUUUUCACGGAGAGAAGUUCAGGCGAGUGCCAGGGAACGUCGCUCGUCGUCCGUGCAGAAUGUCUGACAGCGAGGAAAACUAGUCGUCGGGUCGAAUGAAACGGUUCGUUGAUUCGAAAUCAGGAUGUUUCAAUUUUUCGGCGAAGGGAUCUCGAUGAUCGUGACCUUAGCGGCCCUGUUCUACGUCUCUUGGCGAGUUUUAGCGGCAAUGAAGGAGCGACGUAAGAUCAUGGCGGAGAUGAGAGAAGUUUCUUCGAGCGUUCAGCAGGCGCGUGAAAAUAUCGAGUACAUCCGCGAUCAGGUUGCCAGAGCCAUGGAAGAGAUAAAAAUGGACGUUGCCCAGGAAUUGCGAAUCACAGAUCGACUGACUUCCGAGAGCACGAAGGUGUCCGCGGCGUUGCAACGAUUCUCGGAGGUCGAGGCGAACCUGCUAGAGUUGGUCCGGAUGGACAGGAACAUGGAGAGCGUGAGGAUCGAGACGCCGGAGGAUGUGCACGAGGAAAUCCGAAGGAUCGUCGCGAUGGUUGAGAACAGGAGACGCGAAGAUCAAGAACGUCCGCUGAACGGGAUGGACAUAACCGGGGCCGCGAUUGGGACCAGGAAUCCUAUAUCGAAGUUCUCCGCAUGCGGUCCUCGAGAUCCCGCGUUCGACCGACCGCGAACCCCGACCACGCCGGAAGUCCGUCUGCUCGGUGAUUCGGCGAGAUCGUAGGCAAAUAAAUAGAGAAACUACA